CCCUGCCUGUCCGCUCCAACCCACCUCCUCGACUCCAUGCUAACCAUGUAGCUCCGAUCCACCAGACAUGUCUCUCCCCAAGCACACCUCCCCCUCUCCCUUAUCCUCCUCCCCCUCCCGGCAAUCAAUCCGCCGUCCCUCAGGAUCUCGCCCCCAGAGCAUCAUCGAUCGACCCGGCACAGCCCAGCCUGUGACCGAAAUCCCAGAAGAGCACGACGCAGCUCCAGCACCGCCAACAGCAGCUAUCCCCAUCGACCAAGAAAGACCCCACGAUACCACACCCACCUUCCAACCCUUCUUCACUCUAAUCGAAGACGUCAACUCCUCCGAAUACUUCCACCCGACCGUCCACUACAUCUUCUCCGAUGACGACACCGAUAUCGUGACCGAGGCCGCCCUGCGCUCUCUCGAAUCCGAGCACGACCUCUUCCCAUCCAACGGGAAAGGCAAGUCGAAAUCAACGCGUGAUCACACUCAGCACCGGCACGACGCAGAAGGCACAGAUGGCACAUACCCCGAGGACGACGAAUACGCCCACCAGAGAAAGGAACCCCUCCUCCCCGACCCGAUCCCCGGCAUCCGGGACAAUUAUGUGAUCCUCGAUGUCGAUUAUGCGUCUCCGGAAGUCGCGCAGAACGAGACUCUGGGCCCGAAUAAUAACGACGGCGCGGCAAGUUCUCAUGAAACCCAGGGCACAUCAUUCCCGCAGCAGCAGCAGCAGCAGCAGCAGGGGACCUCAUCUCAUAAGUUCAGUGUGACCUCCGCGCAUAGUUUAUCGCCAGCCUGGCAGGUCCUGAACACACAGAUCGAGAAGAAUAAUUCGUCCGGAGGACAGCCGCCGAACGGCGGAUUGAUGCUGAAGAUCCAAGGCACGGCAGGAUUACCCAUGACGAUGUUGGGGAAGGAUAAAGAUCGGGAGAGGAGUAGUCAGCGAUUGGAGGAUAUGAUGGAUCAAUUUGCGAAGAGACUGGCGGAACUCAGACAGGUUAUUGAGGCAGGGGAACAAACAGGGGAACUAGUCGGGGACACAGGGCUCCCUGAAGAAACAAGCACGGACAAUGGACCUGCGGUGAACCCCGAAGAGCCGAUCGAAGCCCAGACUCAGGUCGAAGGUGGUGCGGGGAACGAGAAUCACUCUGCAGAGAGAGAUGAGCUGUUAACUACAAAAUAGUCCUGGACAUGUCGGCGGGAGCACGCAUUGUGGCACCCGUCCAUGGGCGCUAGACUAAUAAAUCUACGGUUCUACAAACAUUUCAUAUAGCCGUGAAGAGAUCAAC